AUGUCGAGCACAACAAUGAUGCAAGUGGACGCUCUGGACAGCUGGAUUGUCUAUAUCGAGAGAAAUCCCCUGGUGGUCCUCUUGGGGAUCAUGGUGGUUUGGCUGUUCAGCCACUGGAAUCGUAAGCUACCAGUUUCUCAAGAUCUUGAAUCAUCAUCGGAGCCAACGGGCUAUCCAUCCAUCCAGCCGCUCCCUGACUUCACCUGGGAAUCCACUGAGCCUUUGUCCUUCCGCCCUUUUAAGCCCAAGUACCAUCUGACGAUGGCCCUCACCUCCCUAGAUCACUCCACUCUCAUUCCCAUGGACAAAACAUACAAGGACCGACUGGCUCUUCGCGCAGCCCUCCUGCGCCAACACCCUGACGUCGUCAUCGGCAUCAACGACCCUCAAGACGCAAAUAUCGUCGCAGCUAUUCGCGAACUCUAUUCCUUCGUCGUGGGCACCUACCUCCCCACCCGGUACCCACGAAUGUUCCGACUUGUAUGCACCCCGAAACAGCAAGAAAUGCUAGAAAGCCUUGUCACCGGCCAGCAAGUCCCAUUGGAUUGCACUUCCGAGUCUCGCAACGGACGGAGAGAGCUCGAAAUCCUCGGCACCCUCGUGGAUGAGGACUUCCUCGUCCUUUUACCGGAUUAUUCGAAGGGAAACAGAAACAACGCCGACCCUAGUGCAGAAGACCAACAAGCGAAAUACAUCCUCCAAGCAUACACCACCUACUUUCCAUCGGGGUUCAACCCAGCCGAGAAACUCGGACUGAAACUCGCCUCCAUCCAUGCGCCGGUACCGGGAUACAAGGAAAAACUGGAGCGAAGCAUGGAUCGGUUCUUUGCGCGCGUCGAGGCAGGCAAGUUCGUGCAGAGAGUCAAUUGGAGCGUCACGACCAAUACGGAGUUAUUUGCUGCAUUCGGCGGUGUGCAUGGUACUGAGGGGGGGGAUGCGGUCAUUAAGGGACAAUUGGAUGUUCACUCGACGGUUCUACGAUGUGAACGACAGACGCUUCAUCGGCUUCCACGCACCAAUGCAUUGGUGUUUGCAUUCCAUACAUAUAUCUAUCCGAUACAAACGAUCAAGGAUGAAGGUCUAGGUGAGGAUCUGGCCACUGCCAUUGACGGUCUCAAAGAGGGAAAUGUCCCUGGGAUGCACUGGUACAAGCGGGCCCCGCUGUGGGGGGAAGCUGUGAAGAAAUUCCUACGUUCAUAG